UUACUUCCUACCUAGUACCACACAAAAUUUAACAUAAUCAUCCUGUUUUCAUCUCUGUUCCGAAACAGAGUUCAUAGUUGAUGCAAAUUUUCUAUGCUCACAUCCAAUUCAAAAACUCAUUUUCCAUGCUCCAAAUUUUACAAACCGUUUCAGUUUCAGAUUCAGUUUCACCUUCUCUAUUCUCUUCUUUCAAAUACAUAGUUUCUCUUGCACCUUGAGAAAGAAUCACAAACACACUUUAAAAAAAAUGGAGUUGUUCAGUUUUAAUCUCCAAGCAGAGAAAACAAAUGCAAUCCUAAAACACAGGAAACUUCAAAGGGUAACAACGUUAUUACGUCUCGUUGAAGUGUGUGUCGUUUUAGUGUUGAUUUCAAGGCUUUCUUUGAAGCUACCGGUUGUAGUAAGAAGCUCAAGCGAGUAUAUAAAGGACUUUUCGGUCUUUAUGAAUAGUCCUUGUUUUGUUUUUCUCAUCGGAAACGUUAUAAUAAUAGCGCUGUUCGUUCAGGGUUUAGGAAAAAACGUUCACGAAGAAACAGAGCACGAUGAUAUUUACGAAAAGUUUGUACGAAAAGACAAAGAACAGAUAAGGAAAAACGAGUGUAGUACAGUGGAAGAAGGUGAUAAUAGGGUAGUGGAGGAGGAGAAAGUAAAAAGAGGGGUGAAGAAAGGUUAUUGUUAUAGGAGGUGUGAGAGUGAGGUAUUGAAGAAACGACGUCGUGUGUUGCGAAGGUGUGAGAGUGAGAACAACAAGGGAAGGAAAAGUAUUGAAGGUGGUGGUGAAGAGGAAAUGGUGAUGAGGAUUUCGUAUCCUGAGGAUGAGAUGAGUAAUGAGGAGUUUCGUAGGACUGUAGAAGCUUUUAUUGCUAAGCAACAGAAGAUUCUUAGGGGAGAAGAAGAAGAUUGUUCUUAUUUGGUUUAGAAGACUAAUUGUACUUAUUGUAAUUAAUUACAUGUGUUUUGUCAAGUUUAUUAGUGAUUUCAAGUUAUAGAUUUAAUCUUAUUUACAAGUC